GACGGACGCACAGACACAGUUACGGACGCACGCCCCCCGCACAGCACCCUAAGUGUGCACAAGUUUAGGCCGCCUUAGCCCUGAGCGCCGAGGCUGGGGUGAGGGGAGAGUUGUGUUAAGUGAGAAAGACGUAAAAACGGAGAGAAGAAAGAGUGAAGGCAACAAAAAGGGGAGGAAAAGGAAUAGUGAGAAAGGGAAAGAGAAGGCGAGAGAAGAGUUCCCUAGUGUCCGAGAGAGUGAAAGAGCCCGAAAGAGCGGAAGCGAUCCAGGGGGGAAGAGGAGCUCAGAGGGGGAGGGGAGAGGAAGGGCGAGGAGGGGGAGUGAAAACUAGAGGAGGACGAAGGAAGCGAGGCGCGACACUGCUCGGGGAGAGGAGGGCAGAGAGGAAGGAGGUGCGGGCAGAAGCUGCUCCGGCUGCGAAGAGGAGGGAGCGCGGCGCAGAGAGGAGGGGCUUGCGGGCCCGUAGCAAUGUCAAUCAGAGCCCGGAGCACCGGGAAUCUCCGCCAAUCUGUUCGGACCUGACCUGGCUCCUCGCCGCCGCCGCCGCCGCCGCCGCCGCCGCGGAGCAGAUCAAUAGGCGAAAGCGGAGCGCAGCGCAGCGCGGGAGGCAGCGCGGCCCUAGCCCGGCCCAGCCCCCGAUGCGCGCCGGAGCCCGCGGGCGGCGCUGAGCAGGGCGGCCCUGGGGGCCGGGCCCCCUCUCCGUCCUAGCCCCGCGGGCCACCAUGUCCUUCCCGCAGCUCGGAUACCAGUACAUCCGCCCGCUCUACCCACCCGAUCGCCCGGGAACUGCCGGAGGCGGCGGCGGCAGCGCUGGGGCCCGGGGCGGCCCGGGAGCCGGAGCCUCGGAGCUGGCCGCCUCGGGGUCCCUGUCUAACGUGCUCUCGUCGGUAUACGGGGCGCCCUACGCCGCGGCGGCAGCAGCCGCGGCCGCCGCACAAGGCUACGGCGCUUUCCUUCCUUACGCCGCGGAGCUGCCCAUCUUCCCGCAGCUGGGCGCGCAAUAUGAGCUGAAGGACAGCCCCGGGGUGCAGCAUCCGGCCGCGGCCGCCGCGUUUCCGCACCCGCAUCCCGCCUUCUACCCUUAUGGCCAGUACCAGUUCGGGGACCCGUCCCGUCCCAAGAACGCCACCCGGGAGAGCACUAGCACGCUCAAGGCCUGGCUCAACGAGCACCGCAAGAACCCCUACCCCACCAAGGGCGAGAAGAUCAUGCUGGCCAUCAUCACCAAGAUGACCCUCACCCAGGUGUCCACCUGGUUCGCCAACGCGCGCCGGCGCCUCAAGAAGGAGAACAAGAUGACGUGGGCGCCCCGCAGCCGCACGGAUGAGGAAGGCAACGCUUACGGGAGUGAGCGGGAGGAGGAGGACGAGGAGGAGGACGAAGACAGCAAACGCGAACUGGAGCUGGAGGAGGAGGAGCUCGGGGGGGAGGAGGAAGAGACGGGGGGCGAGGGCCUAGCGGACGAGGACGAGGACGAGGACGAGGAGAUCGAUUUGGAGAACUUAGACGGCGCGACCGCGGGGCCUGAGUUGACCCUGGCUGGCGCGGCACACAGGGACAGUGACCUCGGCCUGGGACCCAUUUCGGACUCCAAAAACAGCGACUCGGACGACAGUUCCGAAGGCUUGGAGGAGCGUCCACUGCGAGUCCUGAGUCUGGCCCCGGCGCCACCGCCGGUGGCCUUGGCUCCGCCAUCUCCGCCCUCACCCCCCGCGGGCCUGGAUCCCUGUGCUCCCGCACCAGCUCCUGCCUCCGCCCUGCAGAAGCCCAAGAUCUGGUCGCUGGCCGAGACGGCCACAAGCCCCGACAACCCGCGCCGCUCGCCUCCGGGCGCUGGGGGUUCUCCCCCCGGGGCAGCCGUCGCGCCCCCAGCGCUGCAGCUCUCCCCGGCUGCCGCUGCGGCUCACAGACUCGUCUCUUCGCCGUUGAGCAAGUUCCCCGCCUGGAGCAACCGGCCGUUCCCAGGCCCGCCGCCAGGCCCACGUCCGCACCCGCUCUCUCUGCUCGGCUCGGCCCCUCCACACCUGCUGGGACUUCCCGGAGCAGCGGCCGCCUUCGCUCGACCGGCGGAGCCGGAGGGCGGAACAGAUCGCUGUAGUGCCUUGGAAGUAGAGAAAAAGUUACUCAAGACAGCUUUCCAGCCCGUGCCCAGGCGGCCCCAGAACCACCUGGACGCCGCCCUGGUCUUAUCCGCGCUCUCCUCAUCCUAGUUGUUUUUGAAAGAAAUUUUUAAAUCGUUGUAAUAAUUGUAAAAACAAACAUAUCGCUCUGUAUAGUUGUAAGCAUGUCCGUGUAUGAAUACCGAAAAAAGAAACCUGAACAAAAAAAAGAAAUAAAACAAGUCCCCCUCAGUUCUCCCCAAGUGGCUUCUAUACCCCCACAUUAGCUGAGUUUGUGAGGUUUGGUUGAUUUCGGGGGUGGAGUUUUCAAUGAGAAUAAGCGCGUCUGACUUUUUUGUAUAUACAGAGAAAUGUACAUAUGUGUGAACCAAAUUGUACAAGAAAGUAUCUAUUUUUGGCUAAAUAAAUGAGCUGUUGCCACUUUGA